CGCGCGGUCGGCGGGCGUCAGCGAUGCUGGAGAAUGGAUCUCUGAGGAACUGCUGCGAGCCGGGCGGGCGGGGUCACUUCGGCUCGGCGGAGCGGGAGGCGGCGGCUGGAGGCGCCCCGCGGCCCGCCUGGGUGGUGACGGCUCUCUCCAGCGUGCUGAUCUUCACCACCGUGGUGGAUAUUUUAGGCAACCUGCUGGUCAUCGUGUCCGUCUUCAAGAACCGCAAGCUCAGGAACUCAGGUAAUGCAUUUGUGGUGAGCCUGGCUUUGGCUGAUCUUGUGGUGGCCUUGUAUCCAUACCCACUGGUGCUCUUAGCUAUUUUCCACAAUGGAUGGACUUUGGGUGAAAUGCACUGUAAAGUGAGUGGCUUUGUGAUGGGACUAAGUGUAAUAGGCUCUAUUUUCAACAUCACUGCAAUUGCAAUUAAUCGAUAUUGCUAUAUAUGUCAUAGCUUUGCCUAUGACAAAGUGUAUAGCUGUUGGAACACAAUGCUCUAUGUCUCCUUAAUCUGGGUAUUAACAGUAAUUGCAACUGUGCCCAAUUUUUUUGUCGGCUCCUUGAAGUAUGAUCCACGCAUCUAUUCAUGCACAUUUGUUCAGACUGCAAGCUCCUACUAUACAAUUGCAGUUGUGGUAAUUCAUUUCAUUGUCCCUAUCACUGUCGUGAGCUUCUGCUACCUUCGAAUUUGGGUCUUAGUGCUUCAAGUUAGAAGACGAGUCAAGUCAGAAACAAAGCCAAGACUGAAACCAAGUGACUUCAGAAACUUUCUUACCAUGUUUGUGGUUUUUGUGAUUUUUGCCUUUUGCUGGGCGCCUCUAAACUUCAUAGGACUGGCCGUAGCCAUCAAUCCUUCAGAAAUGGCACCAAAAGUUCCUGAAUGGUUAUUCAUUGUAAGCUACUUCAUGGCCUAUUUCAACAGCUGCCUUAAUGCAAUAAUAUAUGGACUUCUUAACCAGAAUUUUCGGAAUGAAUACAAACGUAUUUUAAUGUCACUGUGGAUGCCAAGGCUUUUCUUCCAGGACACAUCCAAAGGAGGAACUGAUGGACAGAAAAGCAAGCCCUCUCCUGCUUUAAACAACAAUGACCAAAUAAAAACUGAUACCUUGUAAAGGGGUGAUGGUUAAUGCAAAAGUUUGUCACAGAAAACUCCAAUGAUAGAGCUGCAAUGUUCUAGUCAUUCUUGCUGACUCUGGGGGACCUUCCACUUGGAUGGUACUUUGUGACUGGAAUACUGUCUUCUUCGUAAAGCACAUUGCUCAUAAUUCAUAAUUUAUACAAGAUAUCAAUUGAAAAUACAUUUCAAAAUUUAAGCAGCAGAUGAGCACAAACUAUUUUGUUUUUGAGAGUUGAAUUCAACUUCAAGGCACAUGAGGCACUUUUUUAUUCCUGUAGGAACCUGGCAUGCUUUAUUCAAGGUCAGGAUUCGGUUCUCAAAAGAUUCAGCAAGGAUACUGGUCUAUGGGCACAGCAGCUCAUCAAGGCUCCAGAGUGAUAUUUUAUGUUCAAUGAUACAGAGCCAAAAUCUCAUCAGUGGUGCCCAGUGCAAAUACAAGAGGCAGUGGGCACACACUGGAACACAGGAGGUUUGCUCCAAACACCAGGAUGAACUUCUGUGCUGUGCAGACAAUGGAGCACUGGCACAGGUUUCCCACAGAGGCUGUGGGGUCUCUUCCUUGGAGAUUUUCCAGAGCUGCUUGGAGAUGUUCCUGGGCACCCUGCCCAGUGCGUCCCUGCUUGAGAUGUGGUUGCAUCAGAUGGACCUAGAGGUCCUUUUCCACUUCCACCAUUCUGUGAUUCUAAGAGAAGGUGAAUCAGAUACUCUGUUUUCCAUACAUAAGGCAAAUAUCAGAUUUCUGUGCAAAUACUGGUGGCAGUAGGAGUGUCUAUGAAUCACACUUAUAAAUUGGAAAGAAGAGCAUUGGUGUGAAAGUAAAUAUUAAUAUCAAAGCCUUUCCUGACCCGUUUCUUCUUACAUGCAUACGCUGUAUUUCUCUAUUUCAUGAUAAUGUAAUAUAAUAUACUUUUUUUCUUACAUAUGUACUUCAGGUAAAAUUCUUUCUUUUAGAGAAAAUUGAAUUUCCAUUGUGCUCCAUUUAUUUACCUCAAAAUAUACAACUAAAGAAACUUGAUGCACUUUAACAUAAUUGCCACAUUUUCAACAGACUGGAAAUUGUGGCGUAUGUCUUGUAGUAAUCUGGAAUAGCAAUUGGACACCAGGCAUGAUAGCUCAGAUUGCUUCAAGUCACAGUAGACACUAGUGAGUGACUGAAUGAAAAAACCCUUUUAACUGUAAUGGCAACUGAGAUACUUGCCUCAUAUGUAGACAUCUAGUCUUGAAUAAAAUCCGCCUUUGUUGUUUAAUCUAAUGUAAGCUUCAACCUUCCCUAUGCAGAGAAUAUCUAUCAGCAGAGACAGGAUCCCUUUAAUCCUUGAUAAUCAUGCAUCCAAAGAUGUGAUGAAUUGCUCCAAGGUGGUGCUGGUCUCAUUGACUGUGGAAUAUUUAUUUACUAGUUCAAACUAGUAAAGUUUGGGUAGUUAUAUCAGGAUUUAUUGUGCCUAAUUUGGGAUUUCUCCUGUGUAGCUGUUGGUACACAUUCAAGUUUCUAAAUUCCCACUGCAGUCCAUGGAGGUCUAGGAAAUAGUUCAUUUUAUCUUGGAAUAGCUUUCCUUAUUGGUCAGAGGAACUGACUGACAAACCUCACAAUGUCUUCAUUGAUUGUAACUGAGAUCAGGUAGCUCAUAUGUAAACACAGUUCAGUCAAAGACAGGUAAUCUCAAUUAGUGUAGCUACAGCUCAUAUUUAUACAGUUCAUAUAAU